CUGAAAUGACAAAAAAUCAUUAAAAUUACUUUAUUUUUGAGAAUUAUCAUGUGCGAUGGGCAGUAACAGGACAGUAAUUAUUCGUGUCAUGUUGAUACACUGUCUUGUCGGGGUAGCACAAAUGCUCCUUUAUACUCUCUGAUACUAUUGUACUCCACAAAAUAACACUCUUGGGAUAUUUACUAUUUAUGGUGUCAAUGCAGAUUCGGCUGAAAAUAAAAAUACUACAGCACAGAUGCUUCAAAGACAAAAAUGAAAACAAUCAGCAACUUGACAUCGACAUGUUUAUAUUUUGCUGAGCACAACUUCAAAUAUAUGGAGUAGCUUGAAAAAAUUUCUGUGGUUUGUCAUGCACCUUUGUAUUUCAUUUGUUGUAACCAAAAUCCAUUACCAUCCAUCUUUUGGAUGAAACAAAAAGUUGAACUGUUCCAAUCUGUUAAUAUUUAGAUAAAACAAAGUGUUCUGUUAUGCAUUGCUCCUGUUUAUACUAUUAGUGGGUAUGAUUUAUUAAACUUGAGUGUCCAGAAGGGGGCUGUCCAACCUUAUUCUGUUAUAUAAAGAUAAGUCCACAGAUGCAAGGGCCGCUUGACAACCCUCAAGCAGUAGAUUGGACACCCCUACUCUGGUACUUUCCUCCUGCCCCUGCCUCAGUGGAGCUGUCAGGAGUUUCAAGUUGCACAAGCUUAAAAUAGACCUAACAAAAUCAACUGCCUAGCUAAACCAACUGGAUCUUAACCUUUUCCAGAACAAACGACAAUUUUGGACAACAUGACUCAUUGAAAGGGCAAGACCAGUUUUGUAAAAGGUUUUUCAUUAUCUUGCAUCUGAAAUGAACCUUCUAUGUAAUUGUUUUAGAAAGAUGCUAGCUUGGAUAAGUAUGUGGCUAACAUAUAGUCUUGUGAGAGUUUGCAGCAUUUUUCCCAGAGUUGGUGCAUGGACACCAGGCGUCACCCGCGCCAACGCGUCACACCGAGAAUACUCAGAUGAGUGGAAAAAUAGCAUGGCACUUCGCACGUAUGACCUUGGAGGCCAAGGCGGCAGUGCGGUCACGGUCCAAACCAGCACGCACACAUUCCGUGUAGACCUGGGAAGGCUUUCUGAGUGCAGCGAGUACUUCCGUGCUUUGUCUCAGUCGGGGAUGAGGGAAGCAGCCGAGAAUCUGGUCCACCUAGAACACGUGUCGUCAGCCGUCUUUCACCACCUGCUGGAGUUUUACUUCCACGAUGCAUUUGAAACCCCACGAGAGGAGGAGUUAGGCUCUCAUAUACAGGUAUCCAGCUACCUCCUGGCUGAGGCCUUUCUCUCGCGGUGUCUGUCUGUGCUGACAGAGGAGCUGAGGCCGGAGAGGUGUCUGUCCUAUCUGAGUCUGGCUCGGGAGAUCUGCUGCGUGGAGCUGAGGAGCACCGUGUUUGCCUACCUAAGCAGGAACCUGUUGGAGCUGCCUCAUGUCAUCAGGUGUCUGAGCGACGAGGAAAAAGAGGAGCUCAUCCUACUGAGGACACAAGGGAAACCUUGUCUCUGCAGUCUUCGGAAGGAGAACCUGAUGUCUUGGAAGGACCCGGAGACAGAGCGUGCCCGCUACGUUUUUGCCAAGCAAAACGGAGCGUGGCAACCCACCGCUGAGUUCCCUUUCCGGGCAGACAAGUGGUGCUUCACGGUUGUGGUGCUAUAUAACUACUUGUACAUCAUAGGAGGCUACAGGACCCUUGUGAGGAGAAGGUGGGACUUCAAAAUUGCCACGUUUCGGUAUAAUCCUUUGACUUUGGAAUGGUCUACUGCUGCUCCACUUAUUAAGCACAGGAGGCAUUUCAGCGCAGUGGCCUGCCAGGGCCGUAUCUACGCACUGGGCGGCUGGUACUUGGACUCCCUGGUCACCCCGGACUCCAGCACGGCCCUGUACACAGCCGUGGAGUGCUACGAUCCAUGGGAGGACUCAUGGAGGUUUGUCUCGUCACUCCCUCUCACGGAUUUCCAGUUCACCGUAUCUUUAUCUCAUGAUGUGCCUCUAGCGACCAGUCUUGGACACUGCCUCUAUGUCCUGGGUAGCAUACAGAGGACUGGAGAAAAACUGAUGCUCCAGUACAACACCAGGCAAGAUUUGUGGUGUGAGCUGCUUCCCACUCUCACUAGACUAGAUGCAGACCUUCCAGCUCUUUACUUCCUCAUGGGCGCCUCCGACAAGUUAGUGGUGAUUGGAGGAAACAACUUGCACAAUGUGGUCAUGUGGUUUUGCACACGCACGCAGAAAUGGGGACAGGCACACAGUAUACGGAAAACGGCGUUGGCCGGACAGGGGGCGCUGUUGGGCUCGCAGAUCGUGAUGCCGAGUGUGGAGCAUAACAGCGUGGUGACGAUGGACUUGCAAACGCUCACUAUGAAGGUCCUGACCGCUCUGCCCAUCUCUAUCUGCUAUGAAGCCGUCUUUUACCUUCAUUUUUGACGAUACACUCCAUAUCCUAUGUUAAGGUUGCCUGAAUAUCUGUAACAGAAAUAUGUCAAAAACAAAGUUAUAUGACAUAUGAUCAUAUAUGUAAUGUGUACUAAACUCAAUGGCAUUGCGUAAUAAUUUACCAUUUAUUAUUGAAAACACAAAACAAUAUAAAUUGUUUUAUAAAAAUGCUGCUUGUGGUGGAAGGUCACUAUGUCAAGUGGUCCUUUGAGCAUCAUAAAGGUUGUAACUUGUCCGCAUGUGCCUGACAAAAUGUGAUGUCAUCCUAAUUUUGCUUGCUGUGUUUUUUUUUUUUUUUUAAUUGUCG